AGUGGGGAUGAGGCCCUUCAGAUGAUGGGCACUGGCACUGGAUCUCUCCUGAAGCAGGGAGGAACCUCCUAGGAAGUGGAGAGUGAGGGCUGGGAGUGGUAUGUGUCCAGGGGUAGGGGUGUCAGUGCGUGGUGACCAUCAGCAGGUAGAGCAAAGGGUGUGGGAGACGCCUCCUGUUUGGAGUAAAGGAACUACUACACAGGCUCUCUGGCUUGUCCAGUGGAAGUUGGCAAAGACAUACAGACUCCACCGCCUGACCUCUGGGCUUUGGUCUCUCCUGGUCCGCUCCGGAGGCUCCCUGUCCUAGGGUUCAGCCCCGAGGCCCUGAUUUGGGUGGGCAGGCGGCUGUCAGGGGCCAGAGCCCUGACUGAUGCGUGCUGACGCCCCCUCUUGCCGCUGCGGGGACCCGGGAGACUUGGCUGCCUCUGCGCACCCCCGCGGCAGCCUGCAGGCGUCGGGGGCGGGGACGGUGCCAGGCGCCCCUCACUCGGUCCCGCACCUGCGCGCCACUCCAAGGUCUUGCGGCACUGUGGCGGGUCCGGCCUCGCUCCCUCCAGGAGCCGUCCCAGUGAGUCCGGUGGCCAUGGUGUCCGGGCUUGCCUGCUAGCAGGCUGUCAUGUCGAGAGAGGCAGGUUCAUGCCGAAUGGGCACUGGGACAAGGGCGCGGUCACGGAAGCCCAAGAAGCCACAUUACAUCCCGCGGCCCUGGGGCAAACCCUACAACUACAAGUGCUUCCAGUGCCCCUUCACCUGCCUAGAGAAGUCACAUCUUUACAACCACAUGAAGUACAGCCUCUGCAAAGACUCCCUUUCCCUACUGUUAGACUCCCCUGACUGGGCAUGCCGCCGUGCGCCCCCCUCACCCAGGCCUCGAGUGCCCACCCCCAACUGCUCCACAGACUUCUCUGACCCUAGCAGCAAGCCAACUGAGCCAGAUAUCAUUGUCACUGGCAGCUUUUCCCAGCGUCGUUGUGGCAGGGGCCCCAAACCUGGACCAGAGGAGUCACCAGGGUCACUGUCCCCUCUGGCUAGACCCAUCCGGAAGGGUCCAGGCACCAGUGGCCUUUUGGCAGAGUCAUGGAAGCCAGGACUGAGUGGUGGCAUGCUGAGUGGAGCUCUAGGGACUAUAGCUACAACAGGCUCUGAGAGCGGUGUCCCCUGCUACCCACCACCUGCCCAGGGCGAGUUCCCUGAAGCCCAGAGUCUCCACUUAUCAUUGCUGGGUGUCAACUACCCUCUUGGCCCAGGCCUCUUCUCCUAUCUGGGGCCCUCACUGGCUGCUGCUGCAGCCCACAUGCCCUUCCUGGCCUCAGCAAGCCCCUUGCUGCCCCCCACAGCCUUCCCAGCCCCACAGACACCUGAGCGUCCAGGCCUAGCCCCCCGCCUGUACUACCCGCUGCUACUAGAACACAACCUAGGACAGUCAGCAGGCAGGGCUGCUGCCCCUGCAAAGUCCUCUGUGCCCCUCAAGGGGCCUCCUGGGGCUCUGGCUGCUCCUGGGUUGCUGAAGUUGCCCGUACCAGGGCCCGGGGGACCCUGGCCCCAUGGCACUUCCAGAGACCCAGGGCAUGAAGGAGAGCUGGGACGAGUAACUCAGAGCAACCUGCAGAAGAGGCUGCCUGCAGGCAACAUGCCUGAGCUCCCAAAGGGCCCCUUGAACUUGGCAAAAUUUGGCUGUCAGAGCAGCCUGCCGACAGGCUCCUCCCUAAUACUCUGGCCUGAGGACAAGGAGCCAGGUGACCCCGAGGCCUCAGGUCCUGAGGUCCACCUUCUGCAGCAGCCACAAGGCCGAGUGCUAGGAAGUUCAGUCCCAGUGGGAGAGGACCUGACCCAGGCCUUUGGUGACUACGCCAGGGUGGAGCAGUGCUUGGGGCAGCUGGCACCAGCUGGGGGUCUAGCCCCCAGACCACUUCGGGAGCAGCUUGGGAAGAUUCGCCGAGAGCUGUUCACCAUCCAUCAAGCACUGGCCCGGGCAGCUCGUCCACUGGACACACCCUUGGACCUUUCAGUGAAGCGGGUGCCUACCAAGGGAACUGAGGCUCCUGCAGAGUCCUGGGGGCUGCAUGAUCCAAGCCCCAUGUUGGCAAGGGGGACCUCGGAGCCCUCCAGCAUAUUGGGCCCUGUACUUGAGCCGUUCUCCAACCGCACCACCAAGUGUGAGGCUGACUCCAGUGUCCCUCCUCCUGGCCUCCCCCUCCAGGCCCCUGAGGACCCUGUAAUUCCUGGCAGUGCCUGGGGUAAUCGUCUUGGAGCUGGCAGCUCCCAGACCCCUAAAGAUACCCCAAGCUUGCAGAUCCUCCCAAGUGCUGACGUCUGUUCACAGCCACCAUAGAGUAUGGGUUCCUCCCCCUGACCUGGGCCCCAUUGUCCGGGCCCGUCCAGUGUUGGUAUGCAUGUGUUCUGAACAGAUACUCCCCGCCCAGAUCCCCCACCAGCCCGUGGUAGAGACUUAUCUAUGUGGUCUCAUGGACAUAGCAAGGUCAUGAUUUAUUUAUUGAACAGAAUUGUGGAUAUUAAAAUAGAAACCUCCUUCAAA